CACAAAUACACACAGCGGAAGAAAGCCCUUUAGUGCAGUUUUCUAAUAAGAUAGUUACGCACUACACGUGUAAGUUUUUGGUCCACUUAAGUUGCUGUAACUUUUAUUAGAAUAGAAGAAGCAGGAAGAAGUAGUUCACGGCCAGUCAAAACCAUUGUUAUCGCUGAAAAAUGCCAACAAUAACGUUACGUUUAUAACAUUAGCUAGCUAACGUAAGCUAUCGUGUUGCUGUUACGUUAGCUUUCACCUGGCAGAUGUUAUGCUCUACAUUAUGUACGCAGUUAAUUUAAAGUUAAAUAACGUUGUUUAAAUCUGUCAGGUAAGGAGUGUGUACCCUGUAGUUAGGGUUAAUAUGGAUCGCUACAACGAGGUGAAGCUUCUGCUAAAACGAUGGGAGCAGGGGUUUGUCAAACAGCACCAGAAGAAACCAAACAAGGAGGACAUUGAUCAGGCUCCAGACGAGACCAGGAGCCUGUACAAAGAAUAUAGAAGUUUGAAGCAAGCCAAAGAAAACGGCAGUGGUGAUGCUGCAGGCGGACAUGCUGAACAGUCCAGAUCUACAGCUGAGGUCAACACAGCCCAGAAGGAAUCAGACUGCUGGGGUGCCCAUCUGAACCGCAGUACAUUUCCUGCAUCCUCUCCCAGACUGACACCCCAGGACAGAGACAGUCUGAAGGCUUCUGCCCAGUACUAUGGCCUAAAGCUUAAAAACAACCUGGCUACACUCAGUAAGGAGAGACCUGUCUCACUGAAGAAAUCGGUCCUUCAUGGUCGGGUGCCCCUAAACUCUUUGAGUGAUGGACAAACUAGACAGGCAAACAACCCCAUAGCUGCCACUGCCAGGAACACUUCCACUGAACCCCAGUCCAGCCUUUUCUCACCAAGGAGAUUUAAGACUUCCCUGGGGUCCUUAGCUGCAUCAACACUCAAACCAGUGGAGCCUGAAGAACAAUUUGAACCCUUUGAAUGUGUCAGAGAGUCUUGCGAAGACCCUGCAAGUGCUGCCAGCAGUUGCAGUAGUAGUGUUAUUAGUAGUAAGAGUAACACUAGCAAAAUUAAGACAUCACAAAAUCCAAUUGCCUCCAAUCUAGCUCCUUCUCCAGCCAGAUCUUGUGCUCUGUUGUCGUCAUUAUCUUCUACAAGUAGUGUUGAAACUUCAGGUCGAGAUAUGGGAGCCACGGGAAAGUUAAAUGAAAGCAUAGAAACUUCAGAAGACAAAAUAGAAAAUGAUGAAACUUUAGGAACUCAAUAUAAGGGUGUUAGUUCUGUAGGUGUUGGAACUUUGAUUGGCCUGAGAGGAAGCCCACAGGUUCUUGAAGGUUUCAGAGGAGGAAUGGGAGGUAGAGGCACCGGAGGAAGGCCAUCUCCUGCCAGCAGACUGUGUUUUGUUGACAGGAAAUGGCUAGAGAGAUGUCAGGUGUUUGGAGAGAUGGGGGCUGAGGUGAAGCCCGGAGCAGGCAACCAGGAGAUAGAUCUGGAGAAGAUAAGGAGAGAAAUGGAAGGUAAAAUACAAGGAGAUGAAAGAGUUGGGAAAGAAGAGAUAGAUACAGUGGGAGCAAGAAGAGAGGCAAUAGACUUGGGAAGAGAUGAAGGGUUUGAGAGCAUCACUAGUGACAAAAUAGUUAGUGAUAGUGCACUGAAACCUGCUCUGCAACACACUGGAAAAAGCAGAGGAGGAGGAGGGGAAAAAAUAGCAAACAAGAAGGGAGAUGAGGAGAUAGAAAGAGGACUGACACCACCUCCAGCGCCAGAGGACGACAAUGAAACUAGUCACAAAUCCAAAGGUGCAAAGAAGAGGGGGAGGAAAAGGCAGAGAGAAGGAGAGAACAUGGGGGGAGAAAUGACAGAGGAGGGAGGAGAGAAGAAGAGGCGUAGGAAUGCCAAAAAGAAAGAGGAGCGCUCUGAUGAAAACCCCAGUUCAGCUCAAGAAGGUGGGAAGAAAAGGAGAGCCAAGAAGAAGGGAGAUGAAGAUGAAGAGCCAGAAGACAAGAAAGAAACAAAGGUGCCAAAAAAGGUUCCUCGAGAGAACUUGUUAGGAGAAAUCGAGGAGGAAUUUGGAACCAAGAGAAUGUAUCACACUCAGCCAGUCAGAGCCAGGAGCAUGAAAGGCGCAGAGGGUAACUUUGUGAAGAUAAAUCUGAAGAAGAAAUCUCAUGUCAAAGGAUAUGCACUCAGAGGUGUUGGUUUACGCAAACAGUUGUACAUGCAGAAGUUCCAGCUGAAAGGUGAACGUUUUGGUGGAGGUGGUGGCUAUUUUGGCCGAGGAAGGAGGGGAGGAUUCAGAGGGGGGCUCAGUCGCCAGGGUGACACCUGCUACAAGUGUGGAGGGACCGGACACUGGGCCAUCGACUGCAAAGGAGCAGCCCCUCCCCCUCCUGUUCCUGAGGACCCGCCUGUUGAAGAGGAGCCGUUUGAGCUGCCCACCCUGGAGGAAGUUGCUCGGGCGACAGGGACACUGCGACCUCAGCCACUGAUAGCAUUUCCCGGUAACAAUGAGGAGCAGCCAUACCAAGAAAAGGAGGUGGACAGUGACCGUAAAGACGAAGUGUUGCUCAAUGUGAUUCGUCCUGACUAUGAGCGUCCCGCUCCUCCACCACCAAUGGAACCACUUUAUGAUCUCAAAGACGAUAGGAAAGUCCGGGCGACACCUGCUGAGGUGUACACAGCUCUGAGAGACCUUGGCUAUCAGUCAUUUAGACCAGGACAAGAAGAAGCCAUCAUGAGGAUCCUGUCAGGUCUCUCCACCCUCGUAGUGCUGUCAACAGGGAUGGGUAAAUCGUUAUGCUAUCAGCUCCCAGCCUACCUUUAUGCACAGCGAUCACGAUGCAUCACUUUGGUCAUUUCACCUCUAGUCUCACUAAUGGAUGACCAGCUGUCUGGUCUGCCAGCCAAUCUGAAGGCAGCCUGCAUCCACUCCAACAUGACGAUGAAACAGAGAGAAGCUGCGAUAGAAAAGGUGAAGUCAGGCCAGGUGUGUGUGUUGCUUCUCUCACCAGAGGCUCUGGUUGGUGGAGGUGGUUCAGGUGCAGGGUGUCUGCCCUCCGCUCAGGAGCUUCCUCCUGUGGCCUUCGCCUGUAUAGAUGAAGCUCACUGUGUCUCAGAGUGGUCACACAACUUUAGACCCUGUUACCUAAGACUCUGUAAGGUACUAAGGGAACGUUUGGGUGUGCAGUGCUUGCUGGGACUCACGGCUACAGCCACACUGUCCACUGCUUUGGACAUCGCGCACCAUCUGGACAUCACUGAUCAAGAAGGCAUCGCAGUCCGAUCUGCAGCGGUGCCUCCUAACCUCCAUCUGUCGGUGUCCAUGGAUAGAGAAAAGGAUCAGGCUUUAGUGUCCUUGUUGAAAGGCGAUCGUUUUGGUUGUCUGGACUCCAUCAUUGUCUACUGCACCAGAAGAGAGGAGACCGUUCGUGUGGCGGCGCUGCUCAGGACCUGCCUGCAGGGGGUGCUGGUCAAGGAAAACAAACAAACCAACAGCAGCAGUCAGACACAAAAUAACCCUGCAUCACAGAGAAAGAAAGAGCUGGCAAGGAAGAAGAUCCGUAAACCUCUGAAAUGGCAGGCAGAGUCGUACCACGCUGGCUUGUCGGCAUCUGAGCGUCGGCGUGUCCAGAACAAUUUCAUGUGUGGGGAGCUCAGAAUCGUGGUGGCCACUGUGGCGUUUGGCAUGGGCCUCGACAAGUCUGACGUCCGUGGUAUUAUCCACUACAACAUGCCCAAGAGCUUUGAGAGCUACGUUCAGGAGAUUGGGAGGGCUGGAAGAGAUGGAGAACCAGCACACUGUCACCUCUUUCUGGACCCUGAGGGUGGGGACCUCCAUGAGCUCCGUCGUCAUAUAUAUGCAGACACGGUGGAUUACUACACAGUAAAGAAACUGGUGCAAAAAGUUUUCCCUCCGUGCAAAUGUAAACAGAUACACCAGAAACAACUGGAACUUGAAAAGAAGGAAAUUGAAGACUCGGAGCUGCUGGAAAUGAUGGAUGUGUGUGAUCAGGAGAGCAGCCUGAACCCUUGCACUCAGCAGGACAUAGUGCCUGCAGACAUACCUGCACAGGAGACGUCACAUCCUGAUGCGGUGGAGCGACCCCUUCAAGUAAAUGGAGAGGAAGCAGAGGAGACGCAGAGGAAAGAGGAACAGACAGUUGAACAGGAUAAAGCUGAUUGUUUAAAGAAGCUUGAGGAUGUGGAGGUGAAGGGGGCCGGUGAUUGGCUGAGCGACCAGGAAGAGGAGGGCAGUGAUUGGCCCAGACAGCGAGUGUGUCACACGCAUGAGAGAGCAAUUCCCAUCCAACAAACUGUGGAGGCUCUGGACAUCACAGAGGAAGGUGUGGAAACGCUGCUCUGCUACCUUGAGCUACACCCCCAGCGCUUUGUUGAACUUCUCCACUCCACACUGUCUGUCUGCAAAGUCAGCUGCUAUGAUGGACCAAGACAGCUCCAGAAAAUCACUAAAAUUUGCCCUCCAGUUGCUGUGGUGCUAGCCAGAAGGCGGAUGGCAGGCGAGCAAGUGGAGAAGUGUGAUCAAAUGGAGUUUGAUGUUGUGGAGGUUGCGGACACUAUGGGGUGGCAGCUUCCUCUUGUGAAGAGAGGACUCAGACAGCUGCAGUGGAGCACUGGUAGAGCUGGCGGACGUAGCGGUGUCCACGUUGAAUUCUCAUCCAUGUCCUUCUACUUCCGUUCCUAUGGCGACCUCAGUGAUGAGGAGAUGGACCGAGUUUGUCAGUUCCUCCAUAAUCGAGUGCAGAACCAAGAGCGAACGCAGCUCUACCAGCUGACCGCCUGCUUCAAGGCCUUCAAAAGUGUUGCGUUCCACAGCGCGUCGUCCUGUGUCGAUGAUUUAGACGAGAGUCGCAGCCUCCAUCUGAAAAGUCUUCUCUCUGAGUACUUCGACAAGAGGCGAGACCGAAGCCUCACGCUCGCACCAGUGGACCUUGAAGAGCUCGACAAAUAUAAGUUGUUAGACUGGGAGAAUCAGAUCAGAGCGGACAUCAGAAGUUUUCUCUGCAACCGCAGCGAUGAGAAAUUCUCUGGGAGAGCUGUUGCCAGAAUCUUGCACGGCAUCGGGAGUCCUUGUUAUCCUGCUCAAACCUACGGCAGGGACAGACGCUACUGGAGGAAGUACAUCCAGUUUGAUUUUAACCAGCUCAUCAGACUGGCCACUCAGGAGAUCAUUCGCUUCAAGUGACAGACCAAAUGUGGGCAUACAUGCACAGGUCUGCACACAUGCACCAUUCACUGUCUCACUCAUACUCUGGAGGCCUGGUUUUGAUAGAUUUGGUCGGAAACUCAUGUUUUUGUUACUCAUAUAAUUUUUACUCCAUCAUGUUGAAUAAUUUAAUCUGUGUCGUUUUCU